CUAAUCUAUUAAUUUCUUAUCUCACGUUUCGAAACUGAUAACCUCGCAUAAAAGUGCGUUUAAAUUUAACUAACUGUAAAUAUGGCGACAUUUCUAUUAAUUGUUUGUACUCUUGCAUUUGUACUUCCUACUAGUGUGUAUGGAUCUGCGUGCCAGGAUAUUGACAAGGACGCAUGUAUUGCCAUGGCGACACAAAAUGCAAACAUGUGCUCGGAUCCAACUCUUAGAACAACUGCUUGCCCGAAAUAUUGUAACAACUGUCCGCUCAGCUGUUACAACUGUACGCUUUCAAGCCCGGACGUCAGUAUGUGUAACACAGUGACAUGUGGUAACGAUCAGGCCUGUAUGAUGAAAGACGUAAAACCUCUGUCUGGCGGAAAGCAUUCCUAUACUUUAGGAUGCGACCAGAAAACGGUAUGCGAUGGAAACCGGAAAAGGUUUCUACAUUCGCGGUCUGUGUAUAUCGAUUGCUGCCUAUCCGAUCUGUGCAAUAACCUGAAUCAGCCGACGACGACGACUGCAACGACUACCAUGUUGUCAACGAAACCAUCUGUUACUGCCACACCAACGUCAUUUCGAAAUGACGGACAAUGGUCCGAGUGGAGUAGCUGGGGGCCCUGUACUUCUUAUACACCUGGUGUCACGGGGACUAGCUCACGGACACGUGUAUGUAGCAGCUUACAUACUAGUGUAAUAUCAUGUGUACAUGGAAAGACACAGAUCGACAGGAGAUAUUGUAACGGUGGAGGAACUAAUACAUGUACACCGGCAAAGAUUACCGAUAUCGUUGUCAAUGGACUUUUGGAAUUACACGGCAUUGUUGUAUUGCAAUGUAUCACAACUGGUAAUCCUAACCCGAAAGUAGUUUGGCUGACACACACGGACUCAAACGAUCACUCUGUAUCAAUUUAUAAGGGUGACCCCUCGCAAAUCCUGAUUGGACCUAUAGGACAUAGGCAUGCUGGCGAUUAUGUAUGCGAAGCGUCCAAUAAAUGCGGACCGGUAGUACAGAAAAGAUAUUCUUUACCAACAUUCGUUUUGGGAUAACUUGUAUCGUACGCAUGACUUGUUCUUGAUCACACCCUUGCUAAUCCUUAUAAGAAUAAAAUCAACCGUUUAGCAACUUUGA